UUUUUCUUACAUUUUUUAAUUAUUACCCCUCCUUAAUUACAUGUAUAUAUCAUGAAAUCAUUGAAAAAGUCUUUACUUCUUUUAACUAUAUUAAUAGCACUAUCUAAAGCUGAUUUAAAUGAUCCUGUUGAAGAAAUCUUAGAUGCCACAAAUCUAGAUACAUCAUCUGAAUUAUUUAAUACAAAGCAGGCUUCAUCAGUUAUAGAUGUUGGUGUCGAAAAAUCUUUUAUUAUUUCCCUACUCAUGAUUAUCGUUUCUGAAAUUGGUGAUAAGACCUUUUUAAUAGCAGCUAUUAUGGCAAUGAAACAUUCUAGGUUGGUUGUAUUUAUGGGGGCUUUUUCAUCAUUAGCCAUCAUGUCAAUUCUAUCUGCCUUUAUGGGUCAUGUUGUGCCCAAUUUAAUUCCCAAGAAAUAUACCGAUAUGGCAGCUGCUAUCUUAUUCUUGAUUUUUGGCUUACGAAUGAUGUAUGAGGCUUACGUAAUGGAUAAAGAGGCUGGACAAGAAGAAAUUGCAGAAGUUGAGGAAGAGUUAAAGACUGUAGAGGAUCGUGAAAGAGCUCACCAAUUGGAAUCAAUGGAAGUAGGUGGUAGUCGUUUAUUAGAUGAUGAUCAAGAGGAGGAAGAGGGAGAUAAUAAGGCAUUAAAACAUAAUUCUACACAAGAGAAAGCUAAAGAAGGAUUAGUGAAUUUAAUGCAAUUAGUCUUUUCACCCAUCUUUGUGCAGACGUUUGUUUUAACUUUUUUGGGGGAAUGGGGUGAUCGUUCACAGAUCUCAACAAUCGCUUUAGCUGCUGCUAAUAACGUUUAUUAUGUUACAAUGGGUGUUGUUCUUGGUCAUGGUUUCUGUACUGCAUUAGCUGUUAUUGGUGGUCGUAUGUUAGCAUCCAAGAUAUCUGUUAAAACAGUUACUUUUGCUGGUUCAAUUCUUUUUAUUAUCUUUGGUAUAUUUUAUGGUAUUAAUGCAUAUAGAAUUCUCAAAGAAUAAUAAUUUACUUUUAUGUUAUACGAAUAAAUUUGUAAAAGUUGGGAAAACGCUGGUAUUUUUUAUAGUUUUG